AGACUAACAGCUAAAACUCGCUUUGGGCCUUCUUUCCAGGGCUGGAGCUGGUCUCUGAUCGCUGAGAAGCAGAUAGAGCAUGGGGUCUGGUCCUUGGCAGAGGUCACUUCCCAAGCCAGCCGAGCCUCCGUUUGCUUUUGCAGGAGCCGUGUGUUGUCUCUAGCUUCUCGUCUCCCCACUUUGGUUUGGCUUGGGGCCCUGGGGCCCUGGUAAAACCAGACACCGAAUUGCUCUUACACAGCCAGAGUCACCGUCAUUUGCUCGUUGUCUCUUCACAGAGGAAGGUGGGCAGCACCAGCCUCUCAGCAGCUGGGAUUCAGAGAAGGAUGCCCUGCAAAAUGGCUCCAUCAGCCAUUGUGCUCCUCUGAGAGGCUCUCCGUGCUGAUUCACCGUAUCUGUCCACCUCACUUGGGUGGGCAGAACUGUGCACCAUGCCAGUGGCUCCUGACCACUCCCAACUGGGAGGAGGGGUUACUCUAGCUGUGUGUUUCCGUAACACUCAGGAGUAGGGUAGGGAGAGGCCCUUAACCCUUCCCUUGGGCUCGCCUUCAAUAGCUAGUCGGCACCCCCUUUGGUACAUUGAGCGAGCAACGUGCCCCCAGCCAGGGGCCCUUUGACAAAGGCCUACCGACGCAGGCUGUUGGAGUUGGGGCUGUUAUUUUGAUGGAGCAUGCCCUUGGCCCCAGCCCCUUCUUUACUCGCUUCUGCUGUCUCCACUUAGAUCCAGUCUACAGAUGCGUGUAGUCCUUCUUUCUGGGUUAGAUUUGGCAGGAUUGAGUUUUGUUUCCUCGUCAUUCUGGAAGACAGACCAUAAGCACAUUAGUGGGUGAAAUCGACUCUAAUACUUACUGCCAUUUAGACGAAGGGUUAAAUCCGGCACCUUGAGGACUGAAGCCCAGGCAUAUGCUUCCUGGGGAUGCUGGGCCUGGCAGCAGGCCUGGCAACCUUGCUGUGUCGUUGACCUCAUUGACUCCAGGCUUCCUGGAUAAAACCAUAGGCCUACUACUGGCCCGACACCCAUCGACCUACUGAUUGAUCCUUGAGGCCGUCCCCUCCAGGGCAUGCACGUGGCAGGGCCUGCCACCAUGCGCCUGAGUUCCCUGUUGGCUCUGCUGCGACCAGCGCUGCCCCUCAUCCUCGGGCUGUCUCUGGGGUGCAGCCUGAGCCUCUUGCGGGUUUCCUGGAUCCAGGGUGAGGGAGAAGAUCCCUGUGUAGAGGCCGUGGGGGAACCAGGAGUGCCGCAUAAUCCAGACUCCAGAACUGGACUUGACCAAAGUGAUGAAGACUUCAAACCCCGGAUUGUCCCUUACUACAGGGAUCCCAACAAGCCCUACAAGAAGGUGCUCAGGACUCGGUACAUCCAGACGGAGCUGGGCUCUCGGGAGCGGUUGCUGGUGGCUGUCCUGACUUCCCGGGCCACCCUGUCCACUCUGGCCGUGGCCGUCAACCGCACGGUGGCCCACCACUUCCCUCGAUUAUUGUACUUCACGGGGCAGCGGGGGGCCCGGACGCCUGCGGGCAUGCAGGUGGUAUCUCACGGGGACGAACGGCCGGCCUGGCUCAUGUCAGAGACCCUGCGCCACCUUCACACACACUUUGGGGCCGACUACGACUGGUUCUUCAUCAUGCAGGAUGACACGUAUGUCCAGGCCCCCCGCCUGGCAGCCCUUGCUGGCCACCUCAGCAUCAACCAAGACCUGUACUUGGGCCGAGCGGAGGAGUUUAUCGGCGCCGGCGAGCAGGCUCGGUACUGCCAUGGGGGCUUUGGCUACCUGUUGUCACGGAGUCUCCUGCUCCGAUUGCGGCCACAUCUGGAUGGCUGCCGAGGAGACAUUCUCAGUGCCCGUCCCGAUGAGUGGCUCGGCCGCUGCCUCAUCGACUCUCUAGGCAUCGGCUGUGUCUCGCAGCACCAGGGGCAGCAGUAUCGUUCCUUUGAGCUGGCCAAAAAUAGGGACCCUGAGAAGGAGGGGAGCUCGGCUUUCCUGAGUGCCUUCGCAGUGCACCCUGUCUCCGAGGGAACCCUCAUGUACAGGCUCCAUAAACGCUUCAGCGCUCUGGAGCUGGAGCGGGCGUACAGCGAAAUAGAGCAACUGCAGGCUCAGAUCCAGAACCUGACAGUGCUGACCCCCGAGGGCGAGGCAGGGCUGAGCUGGCCCAUCGGGCUCCCGGCCCCUUUCACCCCACACUCUCGAUUUGAGGUGCUGGGCUGGGACUACUUCACGGAGCAGCAUACCUUCUCCUGCGCAGAUGGGUCCCCCAAGUGCCCGCUGCAGGGGGCGAGCAGGGCGGACGUGGGUGACGCCGUGGAGACGGCCCUGGAGCAGCUGAAUCGGCGCUAUCAGCCCCGCCUGCGCUUCCAGAAGCAGCGGCUGCUCAACGGGUACCGGCGCUUCGACCCGGCGCGGGGCAUGGAGUACACCCUGGACCUGCUGCUGGAGGCCGUGACGCAGCGCGGGCACCGGCGGGCCCUGGCCCGCAGGGUCAGCCUGCUGCGGCCCCUGAGCCGGGUGGAAAUCCUGCCCAUGCCCUACGUCACCGAGGCCACCCGCGUGCAGCUGGUGCUGCCACUCCCGGUGGCCGAAGCCGCUGCCGCCCUCGCUUUCCUCGAGGCCUUUGCAGCCAGUGUUCUGGAGCCGCGAGAGCACGCGCUGCUCACCCUGUUGCUGGUCUACGGACCUCGGGACGGUGGCCGGGGGGCCCCGGACCCAUUUCUCGGGGUGAAGGCCGCGGCGGCCGAGUUAGAGCGGCGGCACCCCGGGACGAGGCUGGCCUGGCUCGCCGUGCGCGCGGAGGCCCCUUCCCAGGUGCGGCUCAUGGACGUGGUCUCUAAGAAGCACCCCGUAGACACGCUUUUCUUCCUCACCACCGUGUGGACCAGGCCGGGGCCCGAAGUCCUCAACCGCUGCCGCAUGAAUGCUAUCUCCGGCUGGCAGGCCUUCUUCCCAGUGCAUUUCCAGGAGUUCAACCCUGCCCUGGCACCACAGAGAUCUCCCGCGGGGCCCCCGGGGGCUGGCCCCGACCCCCCGUCCCCUCCCGGUGCCGACCCUUCCCGGGGGGCUCCCGUAGGAGGCAGGUUUGACCGGCAGGCUUCCGCGGAGGGUUGCUUCUACAACGCCGACUACCUGGCGGCCCGAGCCCGCCUGGCCGGGGAACUGGCAGGCCAGGAAGAGGAGGAAGCCCUGGAGGGGCUGGAGGUGAUGGAUGUUUUCCUCCGGUUCUCAGGGCUCCACCUCUUCCGGGCCGUGGAGCCAGGGCUAGUGCAGAAGUUCUCCCUGCGAGACUGCAGCCCCCGGCUCAGCGAGGAGCUCUAUCACCGCUGCCGCCUCAGCAACCUGGAGGGGCUGGGGGGCCGCGCCCAGCUCGCCAUGGCUCUGUUCGAGCAGGAGCAGGCCAACAGCACCUAGCGCGCCCCGGGCCCGGGCCCGGCCCCUCUGUGGAGUUCCCCUCUCUGCCGCAGCCCCGGGAAGGGCAAGGCAAGAUGGACGGACAGAUGGAGAGCUUGUUGCUGUAUUUUUUUUUUUUUUUAAUAAGAAAACGUUAUUAAAAGUGUCUUCUGCCAAA